ACGGGAUCUCGCGAGACUUCUUCCGGAUCGGCGCGAAUUUCAGAGAAGAGCCGUUUGUAACGUUUUCUCUGAGAGAUUGUUAGUGAUUUGUAAUUGCUUCUGCUACAAGCUGUGAAAACCAUACGGUGCCCGGACGGAGGGUAUCUCCUGGAACCGAUCGGCUUCCCUCCCCGUCAGAAUCAGAUUUAAACUGACUUUCUGAAGAUGGCGUCUUUGGAAGAUGUAUCCCUUCAGCUGAAUGAUAAGAUAGCUUCCAUCAAAAGAUUGUUUCAUCUGAAGAGCAUGGGAAAUGACCCUUCCUUUACAACAAUUCUUCAGAAAAUUGGACUGGAGUUGGCUAACAUUCAAAAUAAUUUGGAUACAUUGCAAGCACGGAUACAGCAACAGCAAACUGAAAUGAAAUCCCUGAAGGAUCUGAAGAACUCAGUUCAGAAGAAUUCAGAAGUAGCUCAUCAUUUACUGGAAAAUAUUCCAGCUCAUCUUCCCAGGAAAACUGCACAGAGUAGUUCAGCAGAUCCAAAAGAUGAAAAAGUUGGAGGGAAUCCUGUUCAACCUGAGCCUGCAAAGAAAUCUGUCAAGUCUAAAUAUUCUGUUCGUGAAAUAGAGUACCUCUUGAUGGAGGAAUUUAACCAUGUUCCUGGGUACAUGAAAGGCCGUAUGACUUAUGAUCAAAUUAAUGUUGUCAUCGAUGAGCUUAACACCGCUGUGAGAGCGAAGUACAAGAUCUUAAACCAGCCACUGAAAUCCAUGUCAAACAUCACUCGUAACCAGUACAAUACUUUCAAAGAACAGGAAACCAAGGAAACCAAAGGUCAGUGUUUCUUUGUAGAAGCUGAUAUAAAGGACUUUACCCGUCUUAAAGUAGACAAAAAACUUAAUGGAAUCUUCAAUAUUCUACGGCAUUGUCACCGAAUACGGGAAGUCCGGGGCAAUCAUCUUGUGCGUUAUGUGCUACUUUAAGAGGAUUGUGAAUUACUUUGUUAUAUUUUUGUGCAUAUGAAUGCUGAAUGCUAAAGGAGCAAUUUGGUAGUCAUAUUGCAGUAAGGCAAAUUAUUGGUUUUAUUAUAGCUGCUUUAUCGCUAAGUGAUUUUCUGCUAAGGAAUGAUCUCUACUAGUACUGAAGAAUUGUCUAAAGAUAUUUUAAAUGGUUAGAUCUUUCCCUUUAACCACUCCCCUUGUAAUAUCCUGAUAUCAUACAUCACUUUAAUCGCUUUACACACACUUCGAUCUGUUUAUCUAAAAUGAAAUGAAACCGCUUUCUGCUGGUCCAUUAUAAUUAAAGAUAGCAUUUGUAGUAGCUGAUGCAAGUUCAUGAAAUGCAAUGGAAAAAUGAUGUAAGCCUCAAACCUCUCUGUAGAGGUAGGCAAAACUUCGCAGAUGAAGCAUGAAUAAAAUCUCCUCACAUCCCUUAGAUUUAUUAUAUAUUUAAAUGAAUAAUGCAAAUUUCAGUUGCAUUCUCUGUGUAACAGCACGCGAGAAAGUGAAAGGAUGUUGAAUAAUAAAAGAUUAGCUGCAUCAACAUACAGUGAAAUGGGUUGUUUUGCUUCAAUGACUAACACAGUUCCAGGAUUGUGCUGGGCAGCCUGCAUUGUCGCCAUGCUUCUGGUACCAGCACAACAUGCCCAGAAGUUACUAAUCCUAACCCAUGCAGCUUUGGAAUGUGGGAGGUAACCAGAGCACCUGGAGAAACCCCAAGUGGUCACGAGGAAAAUGUACAAAUUCCUUGCAGACAUCAGCGAGAAUUGAACUCUAAUCACUGGUGCCAGAGAGUGUUGUGCUAACUGUCCUAUAAAAUGUCAAGUUUGGGUGAAGUCAGCUUUGUCAAAUCACCCAAGCCAAUAGCCACGGGCAUUUUUAUAAAUAAAUACGUUCAAUAAAG